UCUGGUCAAAGCUCAAACAUGGACACGGCUGGAGAAGUGAUCAAGUGCAAGGCUGCAGUAGCCUGGGAGGCUGGUAAGCCGUUAUCACUGGAAGAAGUGGAGGUGGCACCACCAAAAGCCCAAGAAGUUCGAGUUAAGAUCCACGCAACAGGUGUCUGUCACACUGAUGCGUACACUCUGAGUGGCAGUGACCCCGAGGGCCUGUUUCCGGUCAUCUUGGGCCAUGAGGGUGCAGGGACCGUGGAGAGUGUUGGUGAGGGUGUCACCAAGUUCAAACCAGGUGACACAGUCAUCCCUUUGUACAUUCCACAAUGUGGAGAAUGCAAAUUCUGCAAAAACCCCAAGACCAACCUUUGUCAGAAAAUCAGGGUGACUCAGGGGCAGGGCCGGAUGCUUGAUAAUACAUCAAGGUUCACCUGUAAAGGUAAACCAGUCUUCCACUUUAUGGGCACCAGCACAUUCUCUGAGUACACGGUGGUGGCUGAGAUCUCACUUGCUAAGGUGGACGAGCGCGCACCGCUGGAUAAAGUGUGUCUGCUGGGCUGUGGCAUCUCUACCGGAUAUGGAGCUGCACUUAACACUGCCAAGGUUGAGGCUGGCUCUGUGUGUGCCGUGUUCGGUUUGGGAGCUGUUGGUCUGGCUGCAAUUAUGGGCUGCAAAGCUGCUGGAGCCUCCAGGAUCAUUGGCAUUGACAUCAAUCCAGAGAAAUUUGAUGUUGCUAAGAAGUUUGGCGUCACAGAAUGUGUUAACCCCAAGGACCACAGCAAACCCAUUCAGGAGGUGCUGGUGGAGAUGACUGAUGGAGGAGUGGACUACAGCUUUGAGUGCAUUGGCAAUGUGACCAUCAUGCGUGCUGCUCUGGAGGCAUGUCAUAAGGGCUGGGGCACCAGUGUGAUCAUCGGUGUGGCUGGAGCGGGUCAGGAAAUCUCCACUCGUCCAUUCCAGCUCGUCACGGGACGCACAUGGAAGGGCACUGCAUUUGGAGGAUGGAAGAGUGUUGAGAGUGUUCCUAAACUGGUGGAGGAAUACAUGAACAAAAAGCUGAUGGUGGAUGAGUUUGUAACUCACUCGAUGCCAUUCUCUCAGAUCAAUGAAGCUUUUGACCUCAUGCAUGCUGGGAAAAGCAUCCGAGCUGUCCUGACCUUUUAAAGACGAGUUUGGAAAAAUCUGUGAUUAUUAAUUAACAUCUAAUGGAACAAUCAUAUUGCUUGGUAGUAAUUUUGAGCACUUAAUUUUUCUCACUAAAAUUUUGUUUUCUGUUCUUAAUGUAAGAAAUGACUAUUAAAAAAGUCAAAAUUUCCAGAA